CUGCGCGUCGCCUCCACUCGCCCGGCUGCGAGCCGCGGGCAGUCAGGCCAGCUCCAUGAGGACCAAGCAGGUGAACGUGCUGAUCGCGCUGGCCGCCGUCAUGCUCUUCAGCUUCUCCUGCUUCUGCAUCUCCAGGAUGACUCAAACCAGUAAUCAAUUAAUUAAUUGUAGAAACCAUAUUUUGGAGUUUAAGGAAAAAAUGCUACGUUUAAAAAACAAAACUGAAAGAAAUCGCCAAGAGCUGAUCAAAGCCUUGAGUAAAAUGAAGUAUGAAAUGACACAGAGAAAAAAUAUGUCCAUAAACUUAGUUGAGAAGAAAAUGAAUACAUUGGGUAAGAGUGAAACAGCAUCUAAUACAUUUGAAAUCCUAAAGUUCUUUUUUCCUCAUCUAAGGAAAGCAGGCAGAAUUUAUCCUGAUGUAAUCAUUGGCAAAGAGAAAACAGGUGUCUCUUUUGCACUGGGUAUUUCCACUGUUAACAGAGGAAAUCAGAGUUACCUGAAGCAAACACUGAAUUCCGUUGUCUCCAGGAUGACUCCUUCAGAAGAGAAGGACUCUGUGGUGAUCGUCUCUGUCGCAGAUGGAAAUGAAGAUUAUUUAAAAUCUGUUGUUGACAUGAUUACAAAAAGAUUCAAAAGGCAACUAAGGUCUGGAUCAUUAGAAAUCAUUUCAAUACCUGCCUUUUUUUAUCCAAACAUAUUACACGUCAAGCAGUCAACUGAGGACUCCGGAAGAUCAGAGAGUUGGCGUAUCAAACAAGUACUGGAUUUUUGUUUUUUGAUGCUGUAUGCCCAACCCAAGGCCAUGUAUUAUUUACAGCUAGAAGAUGAUAUCAUAGCUAAAAAGACAUACUUUACAAAAAUCACAGAUUUUGUGCAUAAUAUCACUUCAAAAAAUUGGUUUUAUAUUGAGUUUUCAAUUCUUGGAUUCAUAGGAAAGCUGUUUAAAUCUGAGGACUUAACUGACUUUGUACGUUUCUUUUUAAUGUUCUACAAAGAUAAGCCCAUAGACUUGCUCUUGGGGGACAUUUUUCAGGUAAAGAUGUGUAACCCAGGAGAAACUCCUGAAAAAUGUGCAGAACGGAAUAAGCAAAUUCGUAUUCGAUAUAAGCCUUCUCUUUUCCAGCAUGUGGGUAUAGAGUCAUCACUCACUGGCGAAGAACAAGAUUCCAAAGAGCUUCAUAAUUCAAAUACCUUCUUUAAAAAUGAUGAACAUCAUUCUUUGGAAAAAAUGGCAUAAUAAGGAUUAGUCUUAGCUCUCAACUUACUUCAUAGUGGAUAAGAGACUAUAUCAUAUAAAAAAUUUUAAGCCUUUGAUAAUA